AUGGCUUCUGGUCAGACUUCUUCUUCAGCUUCCAUUUCAUCUACGGCCUCCAUCAUUUUUCCCCUUUGUCAUUGUUUGCAGCCAACUACACUGUCGAUCUCCUGGACAGACGCAAAUCCCGGCCGUCGCUUUUUUAAAUGCGACGUACAUGGGUUCUUAGAGUGGUCAGACAAGGACUUGCCCUGUCAAUGGCAGAAGAGAAGCCUCUUGGAAGCUAGGGACAAGAUCCGUCGACAAGCUGCAGAAAUCAAAGCUCUCCGUGAAGCCUUCUCGACGGCCAAUGCUCAGUUAGCGGCGGUUGAGGUUAAUCGUUCCACCGGUCCGAACGAUGAUCUAUUGAUUCAUAUUGAAGAAAUCGUCAAAGCUCAAAUCAUUCAGUCCGAUAAGAAUAUUCGUAACUGUGUUUUCUUUUCUUGUGCCGGCUUUUUCGUUGCAACCGUCGUGCUCUUACUGCUUAAGAUAUGA